CCGUGGAAGCAAGGACAACCACGUAGCUGCUUGUCCUGUCUCCUGCUGGCAGUCUGUGAACUAAACUUCCAGUUCGUAUUUCUGAGCAGUGUCAGUCAAGAAAUAAUUAUUUUCAAUCUAAUACGUGCCUUAAGUCGUGGCCUGCAAUGUCGCUGAAAAAGAUUUUGAUUAAAUACACUCUUGCAUUGUUCACUGGAUUUCUUAUGACGAUAAUUUUAACAAUUGGUUUUAUCUUCAAACGUUCUGAAUUUCAAGUUAAGAAGAGAAACGCUCCGAAAUUCCUCACAGACACGUCACUUUGGAAGCAUGGAUAUUUAACUCUCAAAAACAUCAGAAUUCACUACGUUGAGAAAGGAGACCCAAAGAAACCACUAAUGCUGUUUCUGCAUGGUUAUCCCGAAUUUUGGUACUCGUGGCGACAUCAGCUGCAAGAAUUUUCAAAGGAUUACUGGACUGUUGCAAUAGACAUGCGUGGAUACGGGGACUCGGAGAAACCUCCAGGAAUGGACAGCUAUGCCAUGGAUCUUCUUAUUGACGACGUUAAACACGUUGUUCAAGCUCUGGGUCGCCAGAAAUUCAUCCUCGUUGGACAUGACUGGGGAGGUAUUGUCUCAUGGAAUUUUGUUUCCAAAUACCAUGAAAUGCUGCUGUGUUACGUUAUCUUGAAUGCCCCACACCCUCCGACAUUCAUGCAACUUGUGCUAUCCAAUAAGAAGCAGUUCUUCAUGUCAUGGUAUCUGUUUUUCUACACACUUCCUUAUCUGCCUGAACUAACACUUCCAGCAUUUGACUUCAUCGCCUUUGAAAAGGUGUUCAGACGAAACAAACCAAAAGAACUUUCACGUGUUACUGAUGAAGACAUUGAAGCGUUCAAGUACACUUUUGGCAAACCAAAUGCAUUAACGCCUCCAGUCAACUACUACAGACAAUUCAUGAAAACAUGGAGCACAACUGAGAGUUCAAAAGAUAUAAUUGAUAUCACACCAAAUGGACUUUUAAUAUUUGGCGAACUUGAUGAUUAUCUCACACGCGAAAUUUUGAACCUAGCCCAGAAGAAUGUUAAGAACUUACAAGUGAAUAUCGUAAAGGGAGCUAAUCAUUUUGUACAGCAGGACGAUCCUGAUACAGUGAACAAACACAUUACAGAAUUUUUGAGAAGUAAUCUGGUUACAACAAACGCAGAUAUAAAUGCUUCGAGUUGAGAUGACGAAUUUUAGAACAAAUACUUCUUUGAUUCACAAAGUUAAGUAUAAGAUGACAAUUACUCGUGAGAUAAAAAUGAAGAUGUAAGAAGUAGAAGUAGUGAUAAAUUUGUGGAUAAAAGUAGUAAAUGAGGGGGGGGGGAAUUAAUAAAUUCGAUAAGAAAAUAUAACAAAUGUUGAAAAUUAAAUAUAAUACGAACGCCCCAGAAGAUAAUUAUCCCUGACAAACUAUACUAAAGAAUUCCAUGAAUACCUAUUCUACUAAUUAUUUUCAUGACUAAUAAUUUUUUAGAAGUAUGAGGUUUCAACCACAGAACCAUUUUUCCGCACUCGAUUCCAAAUCCUCCUAAAUUCCAAAAAAUAAAUUUUCGUACUAAUUAUGUGAUAUAUACACAAAAUAUAUCUAAAAUAAAUAUGUUCACAACAAA